GCGGGAGGGGCAAACAGAGGGAGGGAAGGUGCUGAGGAGAGAGAGUGCGGCUGUCACUGAGCAGGAGCUCCACACAAACAAACAUUGCGCUCCACUGACGGGAUCCCUCAAAGAAGCAAAGUGAAGCCUGAUCUGCUCACAAAUUGUCACAGACACGAGAGUGUCCAGGAAGCCAUUGCGAGUCAGGGCUUGACAUUUAUCCUACAAUUUAUGCGCCACUGACAAAGAAACAGGUGCAAAUUCCAAAUACUUGGGAGUGCAAGAAUAACUUCACUAUUCUGAGGAAUGACUGUAUUUGGAAAGGUCACUCCAGCCCAUCUCUGAGAACUUUGUUACCAAGCUCAUAUCUGCCACAGGUUGCUGGGUCUAAACCUCUUGCUUCACCGAAACUUUCAUUCUUCAGACUACACCUGAAGUGAAGGUUAUAAAAUGGCAGAGAAUUCAGCCGCUACUCCAGCUGCCAAACCCAAGCGAUCAAAGGCAAUAAAGAAAUCAACUGACCACCCUAAGUACUCUGACAUGAUAUUGGCUGCGGUGCAAGCAGAGAAGAGUCGCUCUGGUUCAUCACGUCAAUCAAUCCAGAAGUACAUCAAAAACCACUAUAAAGUUGGAGAGAAUGCAGACUCGCAAAUCAAACUGUCUAUUAAAAGACUGGUGACUUCGGGCGCCCUCAAACAGACCAAAGGAGUGGGCGCCUCUGGAUCUUUCCGGUUAGCCAAGGCAGAUGAGGGCAAGAAACCAGCAAAGAAGCCUAAAAAAGAAAUUAAAAAAGCAGUUUCACCCAAAAAAGUUGCCAAGCCCAAAAAAGCUGCAAAGUCUCCUGCUAAGGCCAAGAAACCUAAAGUGGCAGAGAAGAAGGUGAAGAAAGUAGCUAAGAAAAAGCCUGCACCUUCUCCCAAAAAAGCUAAAAAGACAAAAACUGUCAAAGCCAAGCCAGUGAGGGCAUCCAAGGUAAAGAAGGCCAAGCCCUCCAAACCAAAGGCAAAAGCCAGCCCAAAGAAAUCUGGACGGAAGAAGUAAAGCUCCUGCAGUCUCUGGACAGCUCCUAACAACUUGUGUACAUAGUUUUAUAACCUUCACUUUUUUUCCAAUGCAACUUUAUAAUGAUGAUCAGCUUCCCUGCAAUUCCCAAGACCAAUUUGUGUAUUUGACAUUGCCUGCACUAGGGGAAUUAAGCAAGAUUUAAUGGCUUCAUUUUAUUAGUAUAACUUUUGUGUUUAAAAAAAAAAAAAAAUUCUCCCAAGGAAGAAGUUUCCAAACUUGGCAUAACUUUUUAAGUGAUUUUGUGGGGUUCCUGGCCAUUGUCAUUUUAGGACAAAUUUUAACAGUAUCAUUAAGUGGAAAGAGCUUGGCUCACUUAUUAUAAAUCUACCUGUUCUUAAUUGGGUUAAAUGAUAUAUUUAAAUUUUGUUCAAUCUGAUUGUGGCCUGUGAACAUAAACUGCUACAUUGUUGUCAUAAAUCAGAGAUCUUAACCCUAAAAUGUCACUUAUAAUUUAAUAUUUAAAUGGUAGUUUAAAAUAUGAUUUAUAGUAAAAUUUGUUUUGUUAUUGUCUGCGUUAUUCAUAUUUUUGUAGUUUUUUUUUUUUGUAAGAUUGCUGAGCACUUUUUUGCUGGACAGGCUAUGGAUCACUCCCCCAUAAGUUUGAACUCUUCAUAUAUUCAUGUAUGAUUCUAUUUUCUUUUAAACAUACAAACGUUCAUUCAGAAAUUACUAACUGUACUUAGAAUAUGCAGCAGCAAGUGCAAUGCCUAUAAGAUUUUGAUAUGUUCUCACUAUUGAAAUAUGUCCCUUAUGAUUGGUUAUUAAGAUAUGCAUAUAUCUUCCAACUAAAGACUGUCAACCCAGUUUUUAAGGUAUUGGGCAACAUUCACAUGCGUUUGUGAAUGGUCCAGUUAAUCCUUUUCAGUAUCAUUUGUUCUGAAGCAGUGAAUCAUAACAUUUAUUUCUAAUUGAGAACUUUUCGAGCGAGUGACAAAUGGCCAUGAAAUAAGAAAAAUAUUUUAAUCAUGUGUUUUGCUUUGUAGAAUAGAAUUCAACUCAAUCCUUUGUAAUCAUCAAUUUGAAAAUAAAAUUGCCAAAAUGUG